AAAUAUAGUACGUAAAAUUGGAGAUAAGAUAAUUGUCAUGUUUACUGAUUAAAGUAUAUAUGAAAUUCGUGUAAUUCUGAAACAUCGUAAGUUUAAAACUAUGAAAUUUAUUAUUAAUAAAUGUGCAGGAGCACUUUUUUCGAAUUAUUUAAAAUUGAGCAACAGGUUGCUCCUUGUAAGAUAUGGUUCGCAAUAUUAUAAGAUAGAUGAUAACAUUUCUGGACUUAAUGAUGAACAGAAACAGCUUCGACAAUUGGUUUUUAAUUUUGCACAAAAAGAACUUGCACCGAAAGCUGCCGAAAUUGAUAAGAAGAACAAUUUCGACGAAUUGCGAGAAUUUUGGAAGAAGCUUGGAGAAUUGGGCUUUUUAGGAAUAACGGUAAGAUCAGAAUACGGUGGUACAGGUGGUACUUAUUUAGAUCAUAUUAUCAUUAUGGAGGAAUUAAGCAGAGCAUCAGGGGCUGUAGCAUUGAGUUAUGGCGCGCAUUCGAACUUAUGUGUUAACCAAAUCCAUAGAAAUGGUACGGAAAAACAAAAGCAAAAAUAUUUACCGAAGCUGUGCAGCGGAGAACACAUUGGAGCGCUCGCUAUGUCAGAAUCAACAUCCGGAUCUGAUGUAGUUUCCAUGAAAUUACGAGCUGAAAAAAAAGGAGAUUAUUAUGUCUUAAAUGGUCACAAAUUUUGGAUUACGAAUGGUCCCGAUGCUGACGUUCUCGUAGUUUAUGCGAGAACGAAUCCGAAUGCGAGUAAAUUACAACAUGGUGUUACAGCGUUUAUCGUCGAACGAGAUUUUGAAGGUUUUAGUACAGCUCAAAAAUUGGAUAAACUCGGUAUGCGAGGCUCCAAUACCGCUGAACUUGUAUUUGACGAUUGCAAAGUUCCUGCUACAAAUGUUCUUGGAGAAACGAACAAAGGCAUAUAUGUGCUUUUUAAUGGUUUAGAUUUGGAACGAUUGGUACUAGCAGCAGGUCCUUUGGGAAUUCUCCAGGCUUGUUGCGACGUGGCUUUUGAUUACGCACAUACCAGAAAACAAUUUGGCAAACGCAUAGCAGAAUUUCAGUUGAUACAAGCAAAAAUGGCGGACAUGUACACAUAUUUAAACGCAUGCAGAAGUUACUUAUAUUCCGUAGCAAGAUCUUGCGACGCAGGACACGUAAAUCGAAAAGAUUGUGCCGCGGUAAUACUUUAUAUUGCCGAAUGCGCUACAAAGGCUGCCUUAGAUGCAAUUCAAAUUUUAGGUGGAAACGGAUUUAUAAACGAUUAUCCUACCGGUAGACUUUUAAGGGAUGCUAAACUGUAUGAAAUCGGUGCUGGCACCAGUGAGAUUCGCCGAAUGGGGAGAGAAGCUUUCGGGUGCUCGGUAGACGUCACUCUCAGUGAAAGCACGUCCGCAAAAGAGAGAGGAAAGUGUAGAAGUCGAGAAGUUCGCAGAGCGAAGAUGUCCCUUAAGUUCUCCAUAAGCAGUUAUUACGAAACAUACGCAUAUCUUUCCUACGUUGGUUUGAAGAAGCAACCCACUGUAACCCGUAAAUAUGUUAAUAAGCUAUCCACGUGCAGUGUUCGAUUCUUUAGUCCGUCAACGUUACUUUAUGAUCGUGUAGACGCGUCAAAUACGAUUUAAUUAAAGUAAGU